AUGUAUGCUGCACUAAAGAAAGAGGAAGACCGAGAUGACCAAAGGAGCAUCGAGCGAUCAUUUUUAUCGAAAUUCAACCAGUGGCCACAUGUUUUCAAUCUUGCGAAUUGUAUCGUUGGUGUUAGUAUGCUUGCCAUGCCGUAUUGCUUACAGCAGUGCGGUAUUUUGCUUGGUACCAUUUUAAUUGGAAUUUGUUCACUAUUGACCAAAAUUACUUGUCAUUUGUUGUAUCAAGGAGCGCUCCUGACAAGACGUCGGAGUUAUGAAUCUAUGGCAUCGCAUGCUUUUGGUAGCAAUGGAAAACGUUUAGUUGAGUUGCUCAUGAUUUUAUUUUUAAUGUCGUGUGUUAUAUCGUUCAUGGUUGUUAUUGGUGAUAUUGGUCCUCAUGUACUGGCCGAUUAUUUGGAAUUACAAGCACCUACUCAAAGGUUGCGAAUUCUUGUUAUGGUUGUAAUCUUUUUGUUUGUUAUAUUGCCAUUAUCACUAUUCCGCAGCGUGACUAGUCUAUCGAAAAUUAAUUCAGUAACCGUAUUCUUUUACGGCUUAUUUGUAUUACGCAUGUUAGUUGAAUGCAUUCCACGGAUUUUCAACUGCAAUUGGAGCACUGAUAUACGAUGGUGGCGGCAAGAAGGUUUACUCACCAGCUUACCCAUCAUUUCAAUGGCACUGUCAUGUCAGACGCAGUUGUUUUGUGUCACUGAAUCUAUAACGGAACCAUCGGCUGCUAAGGUGGAUACAGUAGUUUCUGGAGCAGUGAAUAUCUGUAGUAGUAUGUACGCAGCUGUUGGUUUAUUCGGAUAUGUUGCUUUUCACGAUGUUGAAUUAUAUGGCGAUAUUCUCCUAUAUCUGCAAAGUUCUUUACUGACCCAGCUAAUGAAACUAGCUUUCAUGUUAUCGGUAGCCGUCAGUAUCCCACUUAUGCUGUUUCCAAGUCGAAUUGCAUUCUAUAAUCUCUUGAAAUCGGAUGCUUGUGAAUACGCUAUGCUACGUAUGCCUUCGUUAAUAUUUGUUUCAUUGACAGUAUUUCUCUUGUCUUCGUGUUUAUUAGCUGCAGUAAUUGUACCGAAUGUUGAAUUUAUUCUCGGAAUAACGGGUGCAACUAUUGGCUGUCUUGUAACGAUCAUCAUUCCAUCGCUGUUAUUUUUAUCAAUAUCUCGUGGCAUCGAACAAUAUCGUGCUUUGAUGUUUUAUGCAAAAGUAUCGAUAAUAAUCGGUUCGCUUAUGCUCAUCGGAAGUACAUGGGCAGUUUUACAUACAGAACAGGAGACGAAUGUUGUUGAUAUUAUUCUACCUAAACAAAUAGAUAAUGAAAGAGUGGAAAUUGCUUUAAAAAAUCUGGAGAAGUUCAAAACUGAUGACAAUAGCACGAAACUACAAAAUACGUUUUCGAGAGGAAAGCAAAAUGAAGAAACAGUAACGUCCAGAGAGGAAAAAUGGAAAGGGAAACAAAAUGUGGGCACUGUAACGAAUGAAGAAACAAAAACACUAUUACAUGGAAUUAAGGAAAAACGCAAAGCGCAGAGUAAUAUUUUAAAAAAGCAACAGACGAUUGCUGAUGGACCAAAGAAGCAUAAAGAAUUAAUGGAAAUGGUCACCAUGACAGGCAUUUGGAAAAUGAAUGCAAGUUCAGAACGGACGGAAGAAAUCAAUGUUUAA